UACUCAUUACUUUUACAUCACAAGUCACAAGACCUUCUGUCAGCUGAAUUCAGAGAAAAAAUAACAACAAAGAAAGCAGUAGCCAUGUCUGACGUUGCCGAUUUAAUGAAAAUGCCCGAAGAGAGCAUUGAUAUGAUUGCUGCAACAUCUGUGUUGCAGCAACAGGCAGCCGAUAUCCGUACCAAAACCAUCAACUGGGCAUCCUACAUGCAAUCGCAGAUGAUUUCCCAAGAAGAUUACCAAUGCAUUAGUGCUCUGGAUAACUCAAAGGCUGCCUACUUGCAAUCGAAUCCAGCCCAAGCUGUAAAGACUUUGUUGAAUCUUUUGUCUCAUGUCUCCAAAGAUUCAACCAUUCAAUAUAUUAUGGUUAUGAUUGACGAUCUAUUGCAAGAAGAUCGUUCCCGUGUUGAUAUUUUCCACGAAUAUUGUGCUAAGCGCAAAGAAUGCGUUUGGGGACCUUUCUUGAAUCUGUUGAAUCGUCAAGAUGGUUUCAUUGUUAAUAUGUCUUCUCGUAUUUUGGCUAAAUUGGCAUGCUGGGGACACGAAAUGAUGCCCAAGUCUGAUUUGAACUUCUAUUUGCAAUUCCUUAAAGAUCAAUUGACAGUCCAGUCCAAUGAGUAUAUUCAAUCUGUGGCACGCUGUCUGCAAAUGAUGUUGCGUAUUGACGAAUACCUUUUCGCUUUUGUUGGUGUUGAUGGUAUCAGUACUUUGGUACGCAUUUUGUCAUCUCGUGUUAAUUUCCAAGUACAAUACCAACUGGUGUUCUGUUUGUGGGUCUUGACCUUCAAUCCCUUGCUGGCCACCAAAAUGAACAAAUUCACUGUCAUCCCAAUUUUGGCUGAUAUUCUCAAUGAUUGCGCCAAGGAAAAGGUUACCCGCAUCAUUCUGGGCGUAUUCCGUAACUUAAUUGAAAAGCCCACUGAUGCUCAAGUGGCCAAGGAACAUUGCAUUGCCAUGGUUCAAUGCAAAGUCUUGAAACAAUUGUCCAUUUUGGAACAACGUCGUUUCGACGAUGAGGACAUCUCUGCCGAUGUCGAAUUCUUGACAGAAAAAUUGCAAAACUCUGUGCAAGAUUUGUCUUCGUUCGACGAAUACGCCACCGAAUUGCGCAGUGCCCGUUUGGAAUGGUCUCCCGUACACAAAUCUGCCAAAUUCUGGCGUGAAAAUGCUCAACGUUUGAAUGAAAAGAAUUACGAAUUGUUGCGCAUUUUGGUACAUCUUUUGGAAACCUCCAAGGAUCCCAUUAUUUUGUCUGUUGCCUGCUAUGAUAUUGGAGAAUAUGUUCGCCAUUACCCCAGAGGAAAGCACGUUUUGGAACAAUUGGGUGGCAAACAAAUUGUCAUGCAAUUGUUGGGUCAUGAAGAUCCCAAUGUACGUUAUGAAGCCUUGUUGGCUGUACAAAAAUUAAUGGUUCACAAUUGGGAAUAUUUGGGCAAACAACUUGAAAAAGAAAAUGAAACCCAGAAGCAAGGAUCGGCUGCCAUUAGCGGCAAGGCUUAAGUAUUAUCACGUCUUAUUUAAAUUCCCUAUUAAUAUAUAAACAGAUUAGAGUGUUAUUAAACUAUAAGUAAAGAAAUGUAUUAACAACAAUUUCGCGGUACUUAUAAAAUUGUAUUAUGUGAAAUUCAACAAUGUGUGUUUCCUCUGAUAAUAAUAAUAAUACAUUCAAACGAACGAUCGCUUCUUUGAUCUAAAUUUAUUGUCAUAGAAAUUUUGUUUCAAAUCAUUCCAAAUUAUAUUAUUAUUAUUUUUCCUCUGUUUCCCAAUUUUCUGUUAUUCGUCAAAAUAGUUACCUUAUUCGUGAUGAAUGUAUGUGUUGUUGCUUAUGUUUGUAAAUAUCUACAUAAUAGAUGAAUAAAACAAGCUUGUUAAAAAUACA